AUGGCCUUCACCACCGUCGUCUCGGCAUGCGAAGGGGAAUGCAUCUCCGGGAUUACAAAUGCUCUGCUGGGGAACUAUACCGCUCCAAUGACAGACGCCUUGUCGGAAAUCGCACAGGAAAUCGUCGAUGACAUUAUCCACAGCAACAGAAACUAUCCCGCCCCGCCCCUAUCAUAUCUCAGUCCUUUGAUAGAUGAAUACAACAAGCGCGCGUACGACCACAUGGUGCAGACCGUCUUCAAGGGGUACUUUCACGGCAAGUGCCAGAACCCCACCACCAACAUCGACCCGCCUGGCUGCCCAAACCCCGACUGCCCGGUCGUCUGUGGCACGCCUGGAUCAAUCGUUCACUUCUACAGCAAGUUCCGUUACCUCGCAUUUGAUUCUACCUGCCGCCUAAUGGACGAAAUCAUCGACCCAAGCUCGGAGGCGUAUCAGAAAGUGAACGAGGCAGUUAUGGCGGAUGCGGGAAGCUCUGAAUCAAAAAGGACACGACGGCCCCUUCGAUUUAUCCGGCGUGGGGGUUCUGAAGACGAAGACUUGCGGGGAGAGCUUGUGGAGGUGGAGAGGCGGGAGGAUCAACUCGUCGCUCUUCUGCGGCAGUUUUGUUCCAAGCUGACGGUUUUAUGCGGCGGAACUGAGUCAGGUCAGACUAACGGUCUUCCGUUCUGUAGUUGGGAGGAGAGCUUCAAGCGCUACAUCCUUACAUUCCCUUGA